AUGGAAGAAGAGUUAGCAAGCCAGAAUCCCAGAGGAAAAGCCAUCUAUGUGCAAGGAGCUGUGAAGAGGGUGUCAACCUCAUUGAGCCAAAAGGAGGUCGUACUGGUGGAAUGCAGCCAUCAUAAUUUCCGUGUAGUAGUUAACAGAGCACUAUUUUAUGAAGAUGAAUUGAUAGGCCCUGAUGAAUUAUUUCUUGGGACUGGCUGUGUGGCAAUUCAUGUGCGACCAAAUGAACUUGAGUUUGACUAUCCUGUCAGCCUCUGUGGAAUCGUACCACAGGUUUUCUACGAUGGUUCUGUCUUUCAUUCCUGGCUCACCUAUAGACCAAGGAAUCAAGUGAUUUCUACUGAACUUCAUUUGCAGUGUUUAGUUCCCAGGUCGGUCCAAAAUAUCACUGGCUCCUUGCCUGAAUACCAGUAGCUUUUUGCUGAAAUGUAUCCUCACUUAUCCAGAGUCCUUGAAAGUCCUAACUGGU